AAACAUGAUUGAAAUACCGAAAAGCUUAUAUGUAUAAUAAAAUAAAAAAAAAAAAAGCGAAGGGAAAAGAGAGAAAAAACAAUUUAAGAAGCCAAGUAGGCUCGACCUCAGUUUCUUUUUUGUACGACUAAUUAAAGCAACGAAAUUAAUUGGAUCAAUUUAUUUGAACCCACGCGACAAUGAAAAUAAAGGGAGGAAGAUAAAAAAAGGGCGGCUCUUUUGAACUCAUUCAUGUGAUACAGUUCAGACUCCAAGUCUUGGUUUCCAUGAAAAUAAUACUUUAUGUAGAAAGUCGAGAUGUCUGGACUCUUGAGUCCGUCUCGAGUUUAUCAUUCUUGUUAUAUGUAGACGUAAAUAUGUACACGGACGUACGCACUCAAGUAGAGUAAAAGAAAUAUGAAAGAAAAGAAAGAAAAUAGAAUAGUAGUGGGGCAUACUGAAGGAAUAAAGUCGAACCUCACUGAAAUUCCAAGUUAUCAGUUUGUGACGGUUUCUUGAUCAGUUGUGACGUCCGGCAGAAAUUUUAACGUUAACUAAAUAAUUUCAAUAAAAAUCAGAGAGAAUAAAAAACGAAAGAUAAAGAAGAACAAAAAGGAAAAUUAAAGAAAUGUAAUUAAACGAAAGGGAAAAAACUUCUUAAUCUUUUUACGAUUUUUAUAGUUCGACCUUGAUCGUGAACUUAUCUAACAUAAACACUAAUUGAUUCUCGACGUCGGUAUAAGCUUUUUAUAUACAUAGACGAUUUUUUUUAAAUAAUUCAUCUAUGUAUCAAUUCAUAGAACGAAGUGAAACGCUACUUCGUUUGUAAUUUAUCGUUUUCUUUUCUUCUCGUUUUUGUUUUCUUUGUGCGCGCAUGUGCCUCUUGAAGAUUUAUCGCAAUUUGCGUCAAUCGAUUUUUCAUUAUUAAUCGUUUCUCGACCUUUUACUAUAAUAAUUACAAUACUAGUAAUCCUACAUUAAGACUCGAUAUAUAUAUAUAUAUAUAUAUAUAUAUACACGCAUGAUUUUUGUAUUUGACGUAAGUGACACGAGUGAAAAAAAAGUGAUGAAAAUGUUUGCAAGGCGUUAAUAAAUGAAUAAAUAAAUUAAUUAAUUAUUAGUGCGCGUUAAAUGCAACGAAUCGUGGAAAUAUAUUUAAUAUAUAAACGAAAAUGUUUCUCAACGAAACUCUGUUAGUGCUAACUUAUACAGCCAAUAUUAUGUCCAGGCUACCUGAACAAGAAAAAUUAAGUUCGCUCGAUGAUCCUAGUGAUUUUUCUAAUUUAACUACGACAACACUUUCGCCGGAAGAAGAGGAAAAUAAAUUCGAAUUCGAAGAUCAAUGGUACAUGUGGAGAUGUUACGAACCCUAUGGAUGUUUCUACAUCGGUGCACCAUGGUCAGGCGAAAAUCGUCCAGUUUCGAUGUUUCCAGCUCGACCAGAUAGUAUCAAUCCACAUUAUUUACUAUACACACGUGACUACAUAGAUCAACCGCACGAAUUGAAGAUCGAUCAUUUCGAUACGAUCAAGAGUGCACCGUUUCGAUUAGAAAACACUUUUUACUUCAUUAUACAUGGAUUUUUAGACAACGGUGAUGACACCUGGGUAAUGAGGACACUGAAUGAAUUAUUAUUGCGAGAAGAUUGCAACAUUUUAAUCGUAAAUUGGAUAGGUGGAGCAGGUCCGCCAUAUACACAAGCAGUAGCCAAUACGAGAUUGGUCGGUGCUAUGACAGCUCGAUUGGCAGCACAAUUAAUAAAUAUUGGUAAAAUUUUACCAACGAAGAUGCACAUUAUUGGACACAGUCUUGGCGCGCAUACAGCUGGUUACGUUGGUUAUACGCUGAGGCUACGUUAUCGUCAUAUUUUGGGAAGGAUAACAGGCCUCGACCCAGCAGAGCCACACUUCAGCAAUACUUCGCCUAUGGUACGACUCGAUCCAACCGACGCAAUGUUCGUGACAGCAAUUCACACCGAUUGUAAUCCAUUUAUCAGCGGUGGCCUUGGUAUUACUCAACCGGUUGGCCAUAUCGACUUUUAUCCAAAUGGUGGUCGCAAUCAACCUGGUUGCAACGAGGGUGUACUCAAUUCGAUCACCUUGGAACGUGGUAGUUUCUUUCGUGGUAUCAAGAGGUUCUUAGGAUGCAAUCAUAUUCGAAGUUACGAGUAUUUCAUCGAAAGCAUCAACACUAAUUGUCCUUUCAUAGCGGUUCCCUGUACAUCCUGGGAUAAAUUUCAAGAGGGUACUUGUUUCGAUUGCGUCGAUCAAUAUUGUCCUAGAUUUGGUCUGGACGCACAACCUGGGAAUUAUCAUGCUUCCGUUUUCUUGAUGACAGGCUCGGACAAGCCGUUUUGUAAGGCACAUUAUCGCGUAACAAUAAAUAUUUCGAAAACGAACGAGAGUCUAAGUUAUGGCGGAGAAGUAGGCAUGUUUGUCAUUAGAGUGAUCAGUGCUAAUGGAAAACAAACAGAGAAAAUGAAACUGAGUCCUAAUUCGAAAUAUUAUGAGCCUGGUAGUGUACAUAAAAUUGUUUUACCUGGCGAUGUAAUAGGCAAACCAGAAUCUGUUGAAAUCACUUGGGAAUAUCAGACUUCUAUGUUCAAUCCUUUAACAUGGAGAUUUCUUCAUACACCUCGUGCUUAUAUCGAUUCAUUGACGGUCGAUAAUCUCGAAUUUGAUCACGGAAUCACGGUCUGUCCAGACGAGACAAAUACGCUAAUAGCAAACGAGCCAAAGAUUUUAACAGUAGAAAAUUGUGGCAACACCAAUACCAACGUAGUUUCAACUUGACCAUCUUCAAAAUCACCUUAUGAGUUAUUGCAACAACAACAACGAAGAAAAAAAAAAUAAAGAAAAGAAGAAAAAUAAUAAGAAGAAAAAUGAUCUGAUCAUACGAUUAAUCUCAACUCUCGCUACAAUCUACUAGGAUAUAUUUUCGCCAAGCUUAAUUUAUUGCUCGACGAUCCAUACAAGUCGUCAAGGUACUCUCAUCAGUUUCCUUAUGUAUCAUCUCAUCCUUCUUCUUUUUCUUCUUCUUAUUCUUCUUCCUCAUCCUUUUCUCUAUAUAUUCUACACACACACACAUAUAUAUAUGUAUAUCUUUCUCUCUCUAUAUAUAUAUACUCACACGUACACACAACACCACACACAUAGCCAUACACAUCUUUUAUUAAACGCAUGUAAUAGAGUUAGUUUCGCUGAAUGAUCAGUGGUACCAACUUUAAUACACGAAUGAAUCUAAUCCUUUCACUGUCAUUAUGCACACGUGUAUCUUUCACCUUGGCACUCACUUUCAUGCGUGACCGGUAAAUCGAAGACUAUUAAUCCAAUCAUUUGCGAUUAUAACUCUCUUCAUUCUUUUUAUUUUCUCCCUCUAUCUAUCUAUCUAUCUAUCUAUCUAUCUAUCUAUCUAUCUAUCUACUAUCUAUUUAUCUAUCUAUCUAUCUGUCUAUCUAAUCUAUCUAUCUACUAAAAAAUUAAAGGAAGAGAAAUUUAUUAAUUUUUAAAUCAGGAAAAACACUUCUAAGUAAUAGAUAAAUCUAAUUUGAAAUAAAAAAACAAUUCUCUUAUAAAAUUCAUUUCACUUUAACGAUAAUAUCAUCAUUUUCAUAAAGAUAAUAAGUACGUUCUUUCAACAAAUAAAAGAAACAAGAGAUCGUUGAGAUUUUCGAAUGACAUUCGAAUUAUUUCUUCUAAAUGAUACUAAUCGUAGUAUUAAAUAUUAAAUACACAUUUUACUUUCUGAUCUUAUUAUAUUACAUAAUCGUUCGAAUAUUUAAAAUGAGAUAAGAUAUGUAACGAUUAGUUAGAUAUUUUCUGUUCAAUUAUUGUUCUAAAUGAUCCUAAUCGAAAGACAAAUAUCUGUGUGUUUUACUUUCUAAUUCUAUUAUAUCACUUAACGUGAUAAUGAGAAGUUUAACGAUUAGUAACAAUUUCUAUCACAUUUUCCUCAAAUUAAAAAUUGUUAACAUUUUUUUUUUUUACUUAUACACAUAAUCAUUAUAUUAUCAUUUCUGAUUAGGAAAAAUAAAAUGACACGUCUCGUCGGUGUCGAAUUUGUUUAUUUUAUGUCUGAUUAUAUACAUGCCAAUAUUACGUAGUCCAACUUGUAGAUAUAUAGGUACGAGUCUAUCGACAGUGACCGAUAAACUUGAUUAGAAAAAAAAAAAGAAGAGAAGUCAAGAAUGAAAAGAACAAAAAAGGAAAACAAAAAACAAAAAAAACAAAAAUGAUUGCGACUGUUCUAGAUUGGUAUGUAAAUCGAUUGAAUUCCCUUCUAGUAAAUAAAUUAACAAAUAGUGAAUGAAUAGACAAUUAUCUAGGUCAUUUUAAUACAAGACCAAGUUUUUCUUAAUAGAAAAUUUACAUACAUAUGUAUAUACGUACAUACGUACAUACGGACACACAUACACACAUACGUACAAACACAUAUCGAACAGUUCAUAACUGAUGUCCAUGUUGGAUCGAGCUAAUAAACAAAUAGUAAAUAAAUAGAUAAUAUAUUUAGAUAAAUUAAAACGCAAGCUCAAGUUUUUCUUAUUAUAAAACUUACGUGCGUAUAAGGAAAUAAUUCGCAAUCUUGUGUCGUGAUAAUAAACGAAUAAAAAAUAAAUAGGUCAGUUUAAGUCCAAAUAUUUUCUCAUUAGAAAAAUUGUUAUUGCUUAUAAGUAAAGAAUCGACAAAUUGACGUCGAUGUUUGUAUCGUGGUAAUAAACGAUUAAAAAAUAAAUAAACAAUAUACAUACAUACAUGCAUACAUACAUACAUACAUACAUACAUAGAUCAGUUUGAAAGCGUGUGAAAAUUUGUUUUACGUAUAAACUAUAACUGUGUUUGAUAAUCUAUGUCCAUGUUGAAUUGAACUGAUGAACUAUGUUGAGACUA